GAAACAGAACAUGCGCAGAAAUGUUUAUAUUUUCCUGCGGAUUUAAAUUAGAAUUUUUUUAUUAAAUAAAACGGUGUCGUAUUUGCCUCUUAUUACUUAAUAUACGUAUUAAGCCAUGUAGAAAAUAAUAAUAAUAAUAAUAAUAAUAAUAAUAAUAAUAAUACACGGUAACGUAGAAACAGCAUUGGAACGAACCAUUCAAUUAUGAGGUGUUGUGGUAAAAUAAGUAUUCGUUAUAAUCACAAAAUAUAAUCUCAUACACGCCACCAAUGAUAAAGUAAUAUAUGUAUUAAUGCAGGCUUGUCGUAGUUUUUACUUUUUGUACGUAUUACUGCUAGUAUCGUUUCGUUUUUUUUUUUUUUGCAACUGUUUUGUUUUUUAACAGAGUAUACAGGAAACCUCAUGAUUUGGUCCGUUUUAAUGCACCGGUCUCUAAUUUUGUGGAAAUAAAGUAAAAACACACGUCCCUACCAAUUGCUUACAGUUAAAGUAGAAAAAAUGACCCCUGUUUGUAUUUGUUGGAUGCAUAGUUCGUGAAAUUUCAUUCAAGAAAAAUAAAAAACGUGCACAGAACACUUUUGCUACUGUUCCCUAGCAACCAAAUUCUAGUCGGUUUGAAUCAAAUAAUAUAUUUUACUGAUUUAAUUUAAGCUGUGAAACAUUUACAAAAACAUCAAACACGAUGAGAACGUUAUUAUUAAUAUUUAUUUAUUUAUUUAUUUUUUUAUAACCCUUUGGAUCCUAACAGCAGGGUCACUAUUUAGUUAAAAAAAAAAGUGAAAUCGCUGCCAAUGUUAUUUGUUUUUUUAAAACCAUCAUUGUUUUGAUUUGAUUUUUCAGGCUUUGUUUUUGUAGCACCACUACUUCGGGUUUAAACAUGACUGUCACUCAUAUUUUGAUCAUUUUCUUUUUAGUCAGCGUUAGGAACUGCCUCACUGACGGUGUGGUUUAAAGCAAGCGGAAUAACAGAAUGAACCAGCCAGGCAGGAAGCCAGACACGGACAGGAAACAGGUUCUGAAAGUGUUCCACGAGCAUUUCAGAACGUCCUCGUGCGAAGACGAGAGAAUCCCACACGACUCCGCUCCUGCCCCUGCCCCUCUCCCUCUCCCUGCCCCUCUCCCUGCCCCUGCCCCUCUCCCGGGCACCUCACUCUCGCAGCACCGCGACUGUAGAAAAACUCAGACAGGACACAGCGUCCACAAAGUGAAGCGUAGAAAAACCAGGAAGGAGAGGAGCCAGGGGAAAGCCGGACGGUCGGUCAUCGAUAAGCACCUGACCAACUCCCGAAAGUGCCGCCAACGGUCCAGGAGAGCCAGCGACGCCCCCGCCAAGGAGAGCAUCAUCUCCAAGCUGUCCCACAAGCCCGAACCCUCUGUCAUCACCCAGAGCCGGCUGACCCAGCUGAGCUGCCACCUGGGCCUGUUCAACAGGGAGGUGAAGUCGGUGGACAUCGAGAGGCUGCUGAGCGAGCAGAAGAAGUCCAGAAGAACGGAACUCGAAACGGAGGACAGAGAUCAGCAGCGGACGGGCGCUCCGGCUCUACAGCAGCCUUCUCCUCCCGAGAUCCGUGCAGACCCCCAUCCAGAUCCCGAGGCUCCCGAUUCAUCUCCGUGGGAAUCUGCACAGGGAGCAGGGACGCAGACCCGGCUGGAGGCUGCGGAUGCAGAAGGGGAAGAGGAAGAGGAAGAGGAGAGCUCCGAUCCCCAGGGCUCUUCCUCCACCAGCAGGGCGGCGCCGGUGGGCGAGCUGGCCUCUGCCCUGGUCAGGCUGUUGAACCCGCGCUCCCUGCAGAGCGGCCGCAGUCUGCUCGGCGAGACACGGCAGCUGCUCCACGACUUCCUGGCUGAGCGGCACGGGAAACUCCCGGACAUCAGCCAGCUCGCCGUGCGCCGGAAACUGGACUAUGAGAUGAUGAGCGCCCCGGCCGCAGAGAGAGGGGGAUCAAACCGCAGUGCAGAGCUCUGCGCGGGUCUGCGUGACGACUGCAGUGCCAGGCUGCACCCGGGCCAGACGAGCACCAGGAAAAGAAGAAGAAGGAGGAAGCAACACUUUCCUAGAAAGAUGAACCCGACGCUUGAGUUUCCUGGCCUUGAAGAUCUCGUCCUGGUCGAGCAGGAUAAUCCUGACCCACAACAGAUCCGCCAGUCCCGGCCGGAACAAGAGUCCGGUCCGGUCCGGUCACAGCGCACCGAGCUCCUGGACAAACAGCUCAGAUCUCGGGAUAAAAAGCCCAGAGGGGAUCGUUUUUUCUCAGGGGGUUUAGAUCAAAAACUCUCCCCAGGUCUACCAGAAAGCCUCUUCCUAAAGUCCGAGGAGCCAAGGCAGGAGUGGAUCGACGCAGGAGUAAGGAGAGGGGCGUUCGACGAGGGCUUGCCCUGGAAAGACUAUUCGGAGCUGGGGCUGGGCCCAACUAGGAGCCCCUUCUGGAAGUCUGCCCACCUUCUUCCCUCAGACCCCCGGACCCUGCCUCAGAGCUCCUUUCUGGAUGGAAGCCCGCCAGCCUACCGCUCCUUUCAGAACCCCCGUGUCGCUAGCAGCUCGCUGGCACGGAUUAGGGAUGCCUACCGCGACUCUCCAGAUGGGGGCGUCAUGAGCACGGGGCGAGUCGGAGAGGGAAGGAGAGUGUCUCCCAGUCCUGGAGUUCCUGAGAGCCUGCCUUGGGCUGGCACAGGUCUCGGGCACGAGCCCUCCUGUUUCAUGGAGGUCCGAGACACUUGGGGGCAGCCCGAGAGCCUGGCAAGGAAUUGUUUCAGCGCUGCAGGCAGUUAUCCUUCCAGCAGGCUUCAGCUCAACCAGUGGGCUCAGGCUCUCUACACAGCCCUGCCCGAAAUCGGGAGCCGGAGCCCCAGACAGUCUUCAGUGUACGAAGAUGGAGAGGUCCCGCUGUCUUACAGUGAUGGCAGAGAGGGGCGCUGCCACCAAACUGGACACCUUAAAAGCGCAGACCCUUACGGGAGCCAGAGGGAGGAGCGUCCCAGUUACUUUAGAGAUCCCUCUGCAGGGGUCGGCUGCAGUUACCGUGAAGCGGUGUCGAACGUGUUUGAGGGGGGCUCGCGGAGGGGGCCUCAGGGGUACUAUGGGCAGCCCCACAGUCUCCCCAUGUCUUAUUUCCCCCCCUCUGAAGCCGUGGACGCUGCCUCCCCAGUGCCCGGCUCGUACAGUCUGCUUCCUUCUCGGCUGGAAAAACACCCCAGUCCCGAAGCCUGGAGAUUCCCCAGGAUGAAACUGUAUUAAGAAGACAGCAAAGGGGCUAAGGGCAAAACAGACAGUGUUUAUAAAGUUCUCUCGAUUCUCCUUAUUGCUGCUGCUGCUCAGAACACAUUUAACUCAGGGGAUUGUUCAGUGUGCACUUUCUCCAGUGCUGCGGCGUGUUCGGAGGGGGGGUCCUGCUGUGACUGGGAGAUUGAAUUGCGUCGUUCAACAGGGAAAUUACAGGGGCCACAAAGGAGACCCGCUUUUAUCCUUUUUUUUUGUGGUAUUUAUUGAAUCUGCCCCUGAACAUUAUCCCUAGCAUCCUUCAGUUUGAGUUAUGAACUAAAUGCAUCAGCGGAUUCCAAUAGUGACUUUAUAUAGUCGGCAUAUUUUGUUUUCCUGGUAAACUAAUUGGUUUCUGCUACUCAGCAGAGUUGCAAUCGACAGAAAGCAAGCAAAGUCUUGUAAUAGAUACACAAACGUACGACUAGGGAAGCCAGCGACUAUUCAAAACUAUCCAGUGUUUUCAAAUGGCUGUUUCUUUUAUUUUUGAAGAAGAUUUAUGUUAGAAUCCAUUUAGUUAUUUUGGGUAGGAUGUCACAAAAGCUGUAGAACAACAAUGCAAUGUUCUAUUGCUGUUAUUUAUUUAUUUAUUCUUGUAUGUACAGUACCGACACAGAUUAUAGAAGCAACAAAUGAUUCACAGCAAGACUGCGGGUGGAGAUUGCAUUGCUCCUGUCUCUUCACUCAGACCCUUUACUUACUCAAUGCCCUGAUAUCCCUGAACAGAUAAUCCUCUCCUCUUUAAAAAAAUAAUAUUUGUUGAUUCCCUAAUGUAUGUAUUCUUUCAUCCUUUCAUUCUUCGUUGUAGAAUAUAUAAUUUUUUUACCAACUGAGAAGGCAGUUUUGUACACCCACUGAUUUGAAUUCCCUUUAAUCUUUUUUCUGUGUAUCCUUUUGAUGUUAAUGACAGAGUCCUGGUUGUAGAUAUGGUAUCAAAAAUUCUGUACACACUUACGCAGAACCGUUUCUAUUAAAGUUUCACUUCAGUGUUGAACACGGCUCUUUUCUCUAUAGAUCU